AUUGCCGAACCCUCUUUCCAUCUUUUCACCAACUCAGCACUUCAAGACUCAAAUCUUCUUCCUGUUGCCUAAACAGUUGCCCCUUCUUAUUUCCCUGCCUGUAUGUUCGAGAAAAAUAAAUAAAUUAUUUUUUUCUGUCAGUAAAUAAAUAGGCUUCGCAUUUAUUUAUUUCUUUUAAAUUUCACUUCAUUACAUGUGUAAACGGUGAGAGAUUCGAUCUCAGAGGACCUCCAAACGCUCGACAGAGACGGAGAAAUCUGAAACUCUCACCGUUUUUUUUUCGGUGUUGUCGGACAUCUGAUACUAGCUACUUGUUAUUUCGAUGAACUAUUGAUUAUUUGUUAUAAGGUUACAGAAUAUCCAAAUUUCCAGCGUUUUGGUUUUGUAGGAGUUACAGCUUAUUUAUCUCUUUCCAAUAUUGAAUCUCAUUUUUCUCACAUUCCAUGAAGGAGAGACUUGGGUUAGAUUUUGGAUCGCAUCUAUUAGUUUGGAGUUGUAUAAUAUUGGUUUGUGGAACUGCAAAAGAUACAGGAGAUAGAACUUGAUAGCUUUCAUUGCCUCUGUUAAAUGCCUUAUAGUGCUUAAUGUGGUCUUUCUUCUGUUUGCACCGCACUUUGAAAUAGUUCAGUUAAGUGUUCUUCAUAUUGGAUAAAGCAGUAUUUUCUUAUUGGGAUGCUAUGUUUGAUAGACACUAACACAAUUUGAUAGUAUUCAAGGCUUUUUGUGAUAUCCAAGUUUUUGGGAGGUUUAUAUGGUUAUGCAUGCUAGGAUUAUUGAUUAAAAGAUAAUGUUGAUGAGGUUACUUGAUUCACAUGCUGUUUUAUGCUGAGGAAAGGAAAAAUGCUCCCUAAUUGGAAGAAGCCCCACAUUGAAUUGACUCUCAUGUGCAUAACGUCCGUUUUAUCAAUCUUUUGUGGAUCAUUUAGGAGUAAAGAGGAUGUUUAAAGUGUGCUGUAAGAAGAGAUCAUGGAUUGUGUUUUGGAGAAACGAUUUCCUCUCAACGCCAAAGAUUAUAAAUUAUAUGAAGAAGUUGGUGAAGGCGUCAGUGCUACUGUCUAUAGGGCUCUCUGCAUUCCACUUAAUGAAAUAGUUGCUAUCAAGGUCCUUGAUCUGGAAAAGUGCAAUAAUGACUUGGAUGGUAUCAGACGUGAGGUACAAACAAUGACUUUGAUUGAUCAUCCAAAUGUACUGCAAGCCCAUUGCUCUUUCACUACUGGUCACAGCCUUUGGGUUGUGAUGCCGUACAUGGCUGGGGGUUCAUGCCUUCAUAUCAUGAAAUUGUCUUAUCCAGAAGGUUUUGAAGAGCCUGUUAUUGCUACUUUGUUGAAGGAGACUCUCAAAGCGCUUGUUUAUCUUCAUGCUCAUGGGCACAUCCAUAGAGAUGUGAAGUCAGGGAAUAUAUUGCUUGAUUCUAAUGGUGUGGUCAAGUUAGCGGACUUUGGUGUAUCAGCAUGCAUGUUUGAAACUGGAGAUAGGCAACGUGCCAGAAAUACUUUUGUUGGAACUCCAUGCUGGAUGGCUCCUGAAGUGAUGCAGCAAUUGCAUGGAUAUGACUUUAAAGCAGAUAUCUGGUCUUUUGGAAUAACCGCUCUGGAACUUGCUCAUGGUCAUGCCCCUUUUUCAAAGUAUCCGCCAAUGAAAGUUUUGCUGAUGACCUUACAAAAUGCACCUCCAGGUCUUGAUUAUGAGAGGGAUAAGAGAUUCUCAAAGUCUUUCAAAGAGAUGGUUGCUGCAUGCUUAGUUAAGGAUCCAAAUAAACGCCCAACAGCAGAAAAGCUUUUGAAACACCAUUUCUUUAAACAUGCACGUUCAUAUGAUUAUCUGGCUCGCACUAUUCUCGAUGAUCUCGCACCAUUAGGUGAACGUUUUAGGAUGCUCAAGGCAAGAGAGGCAAAUCUACUGCAGAAUAAAGCUCUCUUUGGGGAUAAAGAGCAGCUAUCACAGCAAGAGUACAUAAAAGGAAUAAGUGGCUGGAAUUUCAACCUUGAGGAUUUGAAAAGUCAGGCUGCACUUAUCCAGGAUGAUGAUUUUACAACAAAUGAAGAAGAUCCAAGUGGGAGUGGGAAGCAGAGGGAUAACUACGAUGGUGUUGGGGUUCCAGCUGAAGGACUCUCCCUAGAGAUAUCUAACCAUUCAAGUGCUGCACCGAGUCAGGAAGAUGGCUUCAACAAUAUUCAUGAUUUGGAGAGUUCACUUGCUUUAUUUCCUGUGAAACCAUUGCGAGCACUUAAAGGUUGUUUUGAUUUUGGAGAGGAUGAUGAAGGUGCAAUGAACCCUGGUUGGAAGGAUACUGCCAAAUUAGAUAUUGAGCAACGAUUUCUUCAGAAUACAUCACCAGGGGCCUUGGACCAAGAAACUGGAAGAAAUGAGGGUGAAAAUUCAGGGCGAAGUAGCUCUCUAGCAUGUCAAGCCAUUUCUGAGCAUAAAAAAUUCUUGAGUGGUUCACUAAUACCUGAUAGUUCUUUUGCUCCUAAGAAAAUUAUUGGUGAAGGGGACAGGGAUUCUCUGCAGCCAAAAAGUCAGUCUGAUCGGAAUUAUAGUGGUUCAUUGUUGUAUCGUCAGAGGAGAGAUUCAAAUAGUGUUCCUUCGGCAGAGGACACAUCAGACGGAGCAUUGGUCCAACGCAAGGGACGCUUUAAAGUUACUUCAGCAGAGCUGAGCCCCAAGGGACCUAUGAACAGCUUCUUUAGCCCAGUUAGUGGAGGUUCAGUGAGUCCAACAACUCCAAAUUUUACAGCUGCCUCACUUCUCCCACCCCUGCAAUACAUAUUGCAGCAGAACACCGCACAACGGGAAGAGAUUAUUAAACUGAUCAAAUACGUGGAGGAAACUUCUGGCAAGUUUCCAGAAUUGCCUGAGGCUGCUACUAAUGACCUCUUACAGAUGACACCUGCUUCCACCAGGGAGAGGGAACUACAGUCUCAGUUGAGUCUUUUGCUACAGAGAGUUGGAAGCCUUAAGGAAGAAUUGCAGAGACAAAAAUUGAAAAAUGCCCAGUUAGAAAAACAAUUGCACGCUUUAACCAAUGAGGGAAAAAUAAAAAAAGAAAAUGAAAAAGAAGUUGAUGGUGAUGUUGAUAAAUUGAAGGCCUGAUCUUCAGAGUCUGUGGUAAGAGCUCAUUGCGAUUCUGGCAGGUAAUUGUUGGGUUUAGAGGUGGUGUUGGAUUGUAAUUUUAGUGUAGCAUAUGCGUGAGCUGUGUGGCAAGGCAAACACCAAAAUUUUGAGAUGUCAUUUGUUGUGUGUGUAGCAUUUUGUAAUUUCUUGGCAUGAUAUUGUAUUUCUAAAUACAUUCUCUCUGUGUGGAACCGUAUGUUUGUCUCCAA